UGCUAAACUACAUCUGGGGACUGUCGCCUUUCUGCUAGAGUGCGCAAAAACUCUACAAUACAAGAAACAGACACCUAGGAAUUAUAGUUCAGUCUGAGACUGAGAAAUACUGUCGGUUACUGUUCGUUUCACGAAGAAGGCUAAGGCUAUACAAACUGUCCCAAAGGUUUCAUAUGCUGUGGGAGAAACUGGCUGCUUCUUAGCGAAAGUACAUUACUGCAACAGCACUCAGCGUUUCAUACUUAGGUGUUCUGUGAUACUGGUUGGUAGUACUAUACUGUACUCCGUCGAGCUAAAGGUUGGUUUACUAUUAAAAACCAGAAUUGCGUUAGUGUUUUAAAAGACAUAUUCAACUAGGAACUAAAAUGACUUACAAGAAUGUUUCUCUCCGGAAUUAUAAAUGCAGGACGGCAUCUGCAGUUUAAAGCAAUGACCGCUUUGAUGAAAAGGAUUCAUGGAAUCUUUUUAAAAGUUAUUCUUUUUCCAAUCGGACCGAACAACAAUGUGCCCAAACCCAGGGCGUCCGAGGUACUAACGCAACACCUGCAGCAGAGGCGGCUUCCCUUCUGGACCUCGUUUUGCGUCAGCUACAGCGCCGUGGAGAAUGACCAGUUUGGACUGUCACAUUUUAACUGGCCGGUGCAGGGGGCCAACUAUCACAUACUGAGGACCGGGUGCUUCCCUUUCAUCAAGUACCACUGCUCCAAAGCACCCUGGCAGGACUUAGAAUUUGAAAACAAGUUCUUUACAGCUUUAAAAGUUAUUAAUUUAGGUAUCCCUACGUUAGCAUAUGGCAUCGGCUCUUGGUUUGUCGCAACAGUGCCCGAGACUGUGCACACAAGUUCAGGCCCUGUCACUGUGUAUUUUGCCUAUAAAGAGGAUGAAGGUGCUAUGUUUUAACUAGGCAUAAUAGAAAAGGUAUCUGCUAUUGUUGUACAUGUUAUAAUGUACAUGAUCCUGAUGUAUUUAUUGAAUUUGCAAUAAAUUACAAAUGUUUCAGAUA